AUGGAUUCGGUACGUUUUCUAUACUAAUCGUUUAUUACUGUCUAAUUUUCAGAUCUUUGUUCGUGUAAAUGGAAAAGUGGUGAAGGUGGAAGUCGAUACGCCUGGCGAGAUCGGAGUUAAUACUCUCAGGAUGGGUUUUUUGUUGGAGCGAGACCUUCCAAUGUCUUUGCGUAAGGAUGGUGUGGUUUUAAAGUGAGUUCAUACUAAUUUUUGGCCUUGUUUUUUAGUUUAGUUGAAUUAAUUAUUUAUUUUGUUAAUUUAGAUGUCGUCGCGAGGGAGAAGAUGACAUCUUCGUCCUGGGCCACAACUGGAAAGACCAGAUCUUUGACCUGGAAUGGGACGAGUCCCGUCGUUCACGGCCCAUAUCGUCAGUGAUUGCCGCACCAACGGCUGUAAGUUUCUUAUUUAUUUAUUUAGUUAUUUUUAUAGGCUGAAGCCUUUUAUAGGCUUCAAUGGAUUGCUCUUCUUACACUUCUGCUCUCACUGAACGCUCUAGCCACGAGUUACUACGUUACGACGGAGGCAAGCUAAAUUAAAAUAUAUAUAAUACAUGCUAUGUCACAACGUUUUUUCACGGAAUUCUGGUCGCGUCACGCCACGAAAACAAAUGUUUGGCGUACUGUUAAAUAAUGUUUUUUGGCUUCUUCGAGAAAUUACAAAAAUUGUAAUUUAGCCCAGUAUUGAACAAAAUCUUGACAGAAAAAAGCUAUAGACCCUAUCAGUGAAUUUUUCUUGUUAUAGUAGGUCUGGUUUGUCUUUCAAAAACACCAUGUUUGAUGAGUUUGAUAAUUAAAAUAUCUCUAGUUGCGGAAUGCCACGGAUUUUGUCAUUUUGCGAAAAGCCCGGGCAACGAUUUCAAUCAUUAUAAUAGCAGGAAAGAUAGCUCAAUAAGUCGAGUUUCGAGCCAGAAAACGUUCUGAAACUUUGCAUGAUGAUUGAGAAUGAUGUUGUAGUGCUGAUCGCCCAUUUUUGUAGGAUUCGUGACUAAACGUCGCCCGCUAGGCGAUUGCAAAGUUCUCAAUUUUGGGAAGUUUGAAGUCGAAUAUCUCAAAGACUGAAUAACACAUACAAAUUUCUGAACCUCUAACAGAGAGAUAACUGUCUACUCUUUCCAAUUCACCAUUUAUCAAGUCGCUCAAUUUUGGAUGAUCGGGUGAAAAGAUCGUAUCUUUAAGACCACCUUUUUGGAGCGAAGUGUCACAAAAAUUCGAUCGAUAAUGGCGCAAUUAGAGCUCGACUUCCGCUUUUCUAGUUGUUUCUAAACGUUGUGUGUAAUUUUUCAUUUAUUUUUAGGUUGUGGACAAACCUUGGGCGAAAAACACUGUGUUCGCUUGUGCAGUGGUGUCCGGUGCGUUUGGAGCGAUUUCCGGUGUCGCCGUGGCUUACUCAUUCUUCAACACGGCGGUUUCAAAGGUAUCUUUCGUGGUGGGAAAAAAAUAAAAAACGCGCAGCUUGCAGAGGAAGGUAUACGAUGA